AUGCAAAAAGUAAUGUUUAUCAUAGCGUACUGCGUUUGUCUUAUAUCUGCAUGUCAAAUAACAAUAUCUGGUGGUAAGGUCAAUACAGAUGCCUGCAAAGGGUACGAAAAACUGGAAUCUAAAAUUAAUAAAUUGAAGGAUACCCUCACAGCAAAGCUUGAUAGCAGUCUUCGAAUACUGAACAAAGUUAAUGAACAAAUCAAAGAUUGGAAACCAAAAAAAUCUGUAAUAAAGAACGUUGCCUUAGGGAAAAGAAGCCAACAAAGUUCAUGGGAGUUGAAAACACGUUCCUGGGGAAAUUAUAUUUGCUGUGCAACUGAAUAUGCGAACGAUGGUAAUGCGACCACAUUCUCACAUACUGCUAUUCAAAACUUACCAUACUGGUGGGUAGAUCUUGGACAACUGUAUGAUUUAAAGCGGAUUGAAAUCAUAAACAGAUCAGAUCAUGUUGGUCACCGUCUACAUGAUGUAGAUAUUACAGUUGGACCAUACUUGAAAGAAAUGUCCUUAUGUGCACAUUAUAAAGGUCCAGGAAAGACUGCGGAGCAUCUAGUAUUCCAUUGUAACCGUCAAAUGAGAGGUCGUUAUGUCAAAGUUGCCAUUAAAGCCAAGGAAUACCUCCAGUUGUCAGAAGUAAUGGUGUUUGCGCCUGAAAUAUCAGAAUGAUAAUAUUACUUCAAUUAAAAUUUAGCAGUUACGGUU